AUGCCUGUAGAAGUUCCAUACAAGCCCCAGAACACCCCCAUUUCCGAAAAGGUGAGCUUCAACGGCUCCGACUUCGUCACCUACUCCUGGAAGGUCCCUUCAGGCGUGGAGUACAAGGGUAAAAUCGUGUAUGUUCAUGGUUUCUUCGAGAACUCCGAGCUCUACAACGUUGCGUUUGACAAGUUGGUCAAUGACGGCUACGAAGUGUUCUUUUUCAGUCAAAGAGGUGCCCCCGAGACCUCUCCUGGCGAUCUUAUCGGAGACUCCAACGACUUCCAUUCCCACAACGACUUGGACUUUUUCAUCAAACGCAACCUCGAUGCCCGUACUGACAAGUCGGAGAAGUUGUUCUUGUCGGGACACUCCAUGGGAGGAGGCCUUCUCCUUGACUACGGUAUCAAAGGCAAGUACCUUGACGACAUCAGAGGUAUUGCUGUGACGGCACCAUUGACAACCGUACACCCAAAGACCAGUCCUAGCGCUCCUGUGUUCUACUCAGCCAAGUUGUUGAGCAAGAUUUUGCCAAAGUUCAAGUUCGAUACCAAGAUCCAAACGCAGUACAUCACUCAUGAUAAGAAGUGGGCCAAAUACGUGGCCGACACCACCCCCAAGAUGGUGGGAACCUUGAAGUACUUGGACGACUUCAUCUCCAGAGGCCAGGGGCUUCUUAAGAAGGAACAUGCUGCCAAGUUCACCACCAAGGUGCCUUUGUUUGUGGCCCAUGGUAAUGCCGAUUUCAUCAAUGAUCUCGAGGGUACCAAGAAGUUUUUCUCGCUUUUGGACAAAAAUGUCGAGAAACAGUUGUUUGAGGUUGAAGGAGGCUUCCACUCGUUGUUGCUUGAGGCCCCCGACUAUUUUGACCCUACAUAUGAGGCUUUGAUCAAGUUCCUCAGCACCCACUAA